AGCUAGUAACUGAAACUCGAGUGUUUGGACUUGAGUGGCAGUUUAAGUACUUUGCUUCGGUCAGAAUCCUUCAAACACUCUAAAUUCUUUCGUCUCCCCUUCGUCUUCUACCUUUUGAUUUCGCGCCACCACGCUUCAAGCUUUCUCCGAUCUGCCUGAGUUUUCUCCAGUGGUUAGUGUAAUGGUGGAUGAAGAAACUAAGAUUUUGUAUAGUCCCUGAGUGCAAUAUAGAGCCAUCGCUUUGAGGUUGCUGGUUAUUAUUAUAUCACUAUGGUGAGACAACAAAGAGUCUCUAAGGUUCAUGGAGACAGAUAUCCCUUGUGUCAAGGCAAGGAUGAGUCUGUGAAGCACGAUAUGUUGGAUCCGCCAAGGUAUCUCCGAAGAACUAAAGAAGAUUUCCGCGGAAAGGCGCUUAGUUUUGGGGUUUUGGAUUGGAAGCAGUUUGAAAAAUGGAAGGGUACUAAUGCAGAUGGAACCAAAGAAGCGUGUCGUAGUUAUGCGGAAACUGCUGGAAGUUCGUUGGAAUUAGAUUUAUCGACCGGUGUAGUCAAAAGAUUGGAGGUGGAUUUGAAGUCUCAACACAUGAGGGAUCACAGUUUCUCACUUAGAACACAAGCAUUUUCAGAUGCUAUGGAUGCUGAUAUAGUGAUGAGGAUGGAUCAAAAGGGAAAACGAGAUCAUCAACUUCUGAGUAUGAAGCAGAGAGAACAUCAAGCAUCUCCAAGUAAUGCCUCUGAGCUUAGCUCUUGUAUCUCUCCAGGGUCAGAGACAUUUAGAACAGUUGAAUGUCAAGACAGAAGGCAUGAUGUCGAAGGCGAAUGUUCAAGUCCGGUAACUGUGGUUAAAAGGAACCAAGAGAAACCAUGCUUGUUGGAUCAAAAUAUUCCCACUUUGACAUCUAAAAAGGAGAGAGAUCCUUCCCCUAACCGGAGGUUUAGCUUCAGUUUUAGUCAGAUGAGUAGAAGUUUCAGUUCCAAAGAAAGCUCAUCGUCAUUGUCGAGCAUAUCUCAUGCUUCAGCUAAAUCAGGUCCUUUGACAUUCACCGACUCAGUUUACGCCACUCACUCAACAAGAACGAAGCCGAAUGGUCACAACAGAACAAGAUCAGGUCCUUUAUUAAUACCCAAGACCGCAAAAAGAAAUAUACCAUUACAAGUGGUGGCAUCAAAACCUUCCAACACAAGACCACCAACCAUAGAAAAGAAGCAAUGCAGCUCAAGAUUCCACGCUCUUUUGCAAUUCACAUUGAGAAAAGGUAUCAAUUUGUUUCAGUUUGUUGUUGGAGACAACAGCAAUAACGUUCUUGCUGCUACCAUGAAGACUUCAAAUUCUUCUACACGGUCUUACACAUUGUACACCGUCAACGAAGUAAAGAAACAGAGCGGAAACUGGUUAAGCCGCCACAAGAAUGAACAUCCAUUUGUACAUACAACUAUCGGUCAAAUGAAGACUGUUACUUCUUCCACAACAGAAACAUCAAUCCAAAAAUCAGAAUCUGUUUUGUUCGGUGUUGAUUCAACCAAUGAAGAGCUUGCAGCAAUUGUUCAGACAAGAAACACAACUACAAUUAUACUCCCAAGUGGAGUUCACACAUUGCCUAAAGAUGGUAAUAAUGCUCCUCUCCCGUUGAUUAACCGGUGGAAAUCUGGUGGGGAAUGUGACUGCGGUGGUUGGGACAUCGGUUGCAAACUCCGUGUCCUGUCUAAUAAUCAUAUAAAGUCUCAAACUUUCUCAAGCUUUCAAUUGUUUGAUCAGGAAAGAGACGAGGCAGCUUUCAAAAUGGUGAGUCACGGCGAUGAACUCCACUCUGUUGAGUUUGGCUCAUCGAUCUCUCUCUUGGAAGCGUUCUUCAUUUCGUUAGCAGUAACUAGUCAUCAGAGUUGGUGUCAGGAGGAAGAAGAAGAAGCAGUUGUGAUCGGAGAUGGUUUGUUGAAGAGAGAAACACCGGCGAAAUACGCAACAAACCCACCGGUUUCUCCAAUCGGUCGGGUCUAGAGACAGAGAGAGUUGGGCUAGAUAGUGUUGGAUCUGGUGUGGGCUGGGCUUUAAUAUAUUUGUAAUUAAGAAUUUUAUGACAUAAUUGUAUGGCAUAGUUAAAUCAUUUAGAAUUUUCGCAGUGUACAAAAUAGUGAAAUGCGUUUAUGAAUAAUACUAUAGGGUUUAUGGUUUUGCAUAUA